GCUUCAAUUUCUGAAGAAAAUCGGAGGAAAGAACAACAUUGCUUCCACUCUAAGACAACAUCAUUUCAAGUAUCUCCCUGUAUCUUUACGCUCAUGAAACCGAUCAAAUAUCUCCGCGUUAAAGCUAAUAAAGAAGAAUUCUCUGAUCCUAAGGCCUUACUGCUUUUUGAGGAGUUCACAAUAUGACGCUUAGGCUGUAACAGCAGUUAACGGCAUUGCUCGAGUUUUCCAGGACUAUGCCUCAGUGUUUCGUGGCUACAUAUCCCUGACCAGUAACCACAACAGUCUGAUCUCUCCCACUGUUUAUGUUGGGGAAAGAAAUUCCUCCAGUGUCGAAUCUUAAAAUCUGAUGUAAUCUGCCAACCUUUGUUAUCCUCGCUACACCUACUUUUCCCCCACUCACUCUCGUUCCUCAUUUCUCAACCUCUCCCUCACUCUUGUUUGAUCCUGAACUUUUUUAUUGAAGACUUAUUUUCCCCUUUAUUAUUUGCGCUGGCGAGACUUCAAAUAUUUCCCUCAUACUCGAACUGUCUUUUCCUUUCUCUCUCUCUCUCUCUCUCUCUCUCUCCCACCCUCCCUUUCUAAUUUGCUUUUAUUACCGUUUCCUUUCAAGUCAGAGUUCUCCUUUUUUUCCCCCAGACUCUUUGGCUAAAGCAUAACUUUGACUGUUUUCACUUCAGCACAAGGCAAAGACUGCAGCUCCUGAGGACUUUUGGACGUUAACUGUAGCAUUGAAAUGACAUCACUCCAGCUGUGGCCCCUCCUCCUCCUCCUCCUCCCUGUUCUACUGGUCAACUUCUCCAGCCAACUAGACGACAACAAGAUCCCGCCCAGUCUGUGUACGGGACAACCAGGUAUCCCAGGUACUCCUGGGGUGCACGGUAGUGCUGGCCAACCAGGAAGAGAUGGGAGGGAUGGGCGUGAUUCUGUCCCUGGGGAGAAGGGAGAGAAGGGAGGCAGGGGAGAGACAGGCGAGUCAGGCUUUAGAGGCCUCACUGGAGAUCAGGGGAACCCUGGAGAUAAAGGAGACAGGGGGCAGUCGGGGGAGUGCGCCGUUGCUCCCAAAUCAGCCUUCAGCGCCAAGUUGUCCGAGGGCCGCACCAUGCCCGUGGCGGCGGAAGACGCUGUGCGCUUUGACAAGAUAACGCUAAACGAGCAGGGCGACUUCAACGCGGAAACAGGACGCUUCACCUGCAAAGUGCCCGGCGUCUACUACUUUGCGGUCCACGCCACCGUCUACCGGGCCAGCCUGCAGUUUGACCUGAUGAAGAACGGUCUCACAAUGGCGUCCUACUUCCAGUUCUAUGGGAACUGGCCCAAGCCAGCAUCUUUGUCCGGAGGCUCGCUGCUGCACCUCAUCCCGGGCGACCAGGUGUGGGUGCAGAUGGCAUUGGGAGAGUACAGUGGUUUCUACUCCAGCUCUAAGACUGACAGCACUUUCACUGGCUUCCUGGUGUACUCGGACUGGAAAAACUCUGCUGUCUUCGCCAAGGGCGAAGUGGUAUAGACAUUGCUGGGACCAAGUCUGGUGUUGUGGCUGGAGGGGAUCCUCCCCCAGAAAAUAUUUGAAAACUUUAAACUAAUUUACUGUCCUUCUACAUGAUUCAUGGCCUCUCUAGAAGGUUAUUAGAAAACUCUGGUUAUUGCAUAAACACAUUAAGCAAGGUUACAGAAAUAGCAGUAGGCUAUGGCACAUACCAUACUGAUGAGUUGUGACGAUGAAUCAGGUGAACUGUAGUGCUUUCAGUUGUGCUUCAGGUUAGCCAUUUGACUGCUGCUGUGCAAUGGUGAAUCGUUUUUACAGACUUUCUGACGGUGGCCGUCAGUUGGCAGGAAUUGUGAAAAUAAGAAGGUUAUAUGUUCCGUUGUGGUGGAGGUGUAACGAGGAUUCAAUAAGGCAUCAAACAUGUUUGUGAGCUAUUUAGGGCUUCCAACCGCGACAUCACUGACUUGAUGUCAUGAAACUUAGCCAGUACUUUGUGCAAAAAAAUGAAUUGAAAAGAAUUCAAACUGAAGCCCUAAAAUACUUUUCACAAUCUUUUAAUUUAUGUCUGUGCAACCUUCACUUAUGUCACAAAUAAAAAUGUUAACUUUCA